CAUUUUGAAUUAGCAUUAAAUAGAGAAUAUAUUUACUCUUUAAGCUAGUAUGUACUUUUUUCAGCCCCGACCUUCAUAAAAAGUUCAGAGCUACUUUUGGAUUCGAUAGGGAAUUGAAGCUUAAUCAGCACCUUUUUCUUACGAUUUCAGACCAGUUCAUACACCCGAAGGUCUAGGCUGAAUAUUAAAGCCUACUCCCUAUACGGCGGGCCAAAUGUGCGUUUUGACAAGAAACCCACAUCACAGUGUAAGCCGUUCCACCCCAGUCAUCAUUAGGGCCAAUUCAAAUUUGGGUCUAAAAAAGGCAAAAGAGAGGGAAAAGAAAAAUUGAAGAGGCAAUAGAGAGAGAGACAAUUUUGCAAAAUCUAAUAAAUCAAUUCACAUUUCAAUACCUGAAGAAGCUAAUACGACGUCUCCAUAUAGAAUUGAGAUUUUUUAAUUCCAAAGUUUUAUUUUGGGAUUCCUUACCUCGAGGGAACCUGAAGAAACGUAAAUGGAAGCUCUAUACGCAAAACUCUAUAAUAAAUAUGAUGCUCUAAAGAAAAAGAGGAUUUCUGAACUGGAUGAAAUCAGUAAAGAUCAAGAAGUUAACUUUUUGAAUUACGUGUCUGCUGCAGAAGAGCUUAUUCAACACUUGAAAAAUGAAAACAACAGCUUGAGUGCACAAGUUAGUGAAUUGAGAAGCAAAGUUGCUUCAAUCAGUUCUACCAAGGAUGAAGAAUGUGCACGAUAUCAAAAGCAGCUAAUGGAAGAGAGCCAGAAGAAUAAGGUGCUUUAUGAAGAAGUUGAGAGGCUUCAGAAACUUCAAGAGCAAUUUUCCUUCAGUUCAAAGCAUGGCACAGACGAUAAUAAACAGCUGAAGAUGCUUCAAAUUGCUCACGUUACAUCAGGUGAGGUGAUCAGUGAGUCAACAAGAAGAAUGACAAUAAAGCGCAGCCGAGAAGCUAGUGCUGAGAAGGAAGGCUUUAUUACUCCUGAUCGAAGCAAUCAAGAUGACUUGUUGGUAAGAGAAUCAGCUAAGGACCCAUCUGCAGUUAGAAGACGCAGCGGAGAAGCUGGAGUUGAGAGUGAUGACUUUAUCUCUCCUGAUCAAAGCAAUCGAGAUGAUGUUUCAUUGAGAGUAUCAGCAAAUGAUCCAUCCAGGUUAACUGUGUCUAGUGGGGAUCUUGGAAAUGAGCAGGAGCCUGCAUGCUGUGGAAGAACUGUUGGCAGAUCAGGUGGUGGUGGUUUUGUGACUGACAAUGGUUCUACCAACUGCCAGUUUCAAGCACUUAUUGAAUGUUUAUUAGGCAUGAAAUUAUCUACUGCUAAUCAAACUGAAGAGAUAUGUGUUUCAGCUCUGCAUCAAUCAAGUGGUUACUCGUUUAGUCUAACAUGGGUGAAGAAAGCUGCUGGACAAGAACCUGAGUUGCUAUAUCGUCCGUCAACCUUAGGGACAUUCGAGAGGGUAGCGCCAGAGUGGAUGAGAUCAGUCAUAAAGUUUAGCACCAGCAUGUGUCCUAUCUUCUUCGAAAGGGUUGCCAGUGUUAUCAAGAUGCAUUGCUGACGGUCCUUUCUUAUUCUUACAUAACAACGCUGAUAGUUACUUGUAUUCUUAACAUAGAAAACUGGUGAUUGUGGCAUCAAUCAUGAAUAGGCAAGGCAUUUAGUUUUUUGUGUUGAAAUGAAAUGGAAUUCGUGACUUCACUGCAUAUAAAGAGUGAAUUUGUCCUACUGCACUUGGAUUCCAAAUAAUCUUUUAGCUUUACUUUU